AGCGCCUCGUUUCACAAUUUGAAUCCUUCCCGUUUCCCCGCCCGACACGGAGCCCCGCUUCCCCUUGGGACGAUGACCUCCAAGUCUCCUUCGGCCCCGUCGACCUCCAAUCCAAGGAAGAGGAACAGCAGAUCCGAUCCAUCCCGCACCAGAAACCCUCGAGAAUCCGGCCGCAAUCCCCCCAAGAGAUCCCCUUUCGCCGACGUCGGAAGGCAUCCGCAUCCCCUUUUAAUCCUCCGCGUCCUUCCCUUUCCCUGCCUUCCCUCUCUUCUCAUCGUUCCCCGUUUGAUUUCCCUCGCAGCUACAUGGCGAUCAAGAAUCGAAAGCUUCGUGAACAGUUCGACGCCGGCGCCUCCUCCUCUGGGAAAGGAAUAUUUAGCGAGAUUUCAAUCUUCGUUGACGGAUUCACGGUGCCUCCCAGUCAGGAGCUCCGGGUUUUUAUGCUGAGGCAUGGUGGCCGGUACGAGAAUUACUUCUCCAGGCGAUCUGUGACUCAUAUCAUUUGCAGCCAUCUGCCCGACAACAAAAUGAGGAACUUCAGGGCAUUCAGCCGAGGGCUUCCAGUCGUCAGACCUGCCUGGGUGGUGGACUCCGUGGCUGCCAAUAAGCUUUUGAGCUGGGUCCCCUAUCAGUUGAAUGAGCUUGAGAAUGGGACAUAUAAACAACAAAAAUUGUCUUCUUUCUUUGGCCCUAAGCGCUCUUCAAGUCCGAAGAUCGCGAAUGCUGAGAGCCACAUAGCUCCCCUUGUAAGAUCUGCAAGUGGAUUAUUGUUGCACAAGGAUGAAAAGAUGAAGCAAUUGUUGUUAGAUGAGGAAGAAAAAUGUUCAAAAUUUAGAGAACAAUCUAUGUAUGUUGGCGAUGAUAAGUUUUUCAAGGUGGAAUAUGCAGAAUUAAAAUUUGGCAAAAUGAAAGAUGAGCAAAAUAUAACAGGGGCUGAUCCUAGUAGUUCUUGUAGGAACAACAGAACGUUGGAGGAAUCAUUAGAUCCACUAAACUUUGGACAUUGCAACCAGCAAGAAGAGAAUCUUGGAGCUCAUCAUUGUCUAGAAGAUUAUGCCAAGGGUGCUAUGGAGAGUGACAUUCACCAAAUUCAGUUGUCUACAAUCUCUAGUCCAAGGCGUGAUGAUUUGCACAUUAAUACAUGUGCUGACAACCAUCCGGAUAUAGUACCUCAGUCUUUAAGUCAAUUAGAUUUUUCAGUACUGCAUGAGUUACCUGAAGAACUGAAGAUUGGUAUUCUUGAAACACUUCCUCCACACAGAGCAGCUAGUUUUCCUGGCAAUGGUUCUGGCAGUACCAGGAAGAAAUUUCCUUGUGACAUAAAAGAUGAGAAUUCUGAAAAACUUGAUAUAUUUUUGUGGGAAGGAACUCCUCCAAGUUGGGUUGAGAAGUUCCAACAUAGCAGUUGCCUUUUGUUGAACAUUAUCGCAACUCAAUAUUCUAGAUCUGAUAUGAAUGGUCUUCUAUCGCUGACUCUUCAGUCCUUAAGUCAUAUUUUGUCUACUUUUACUGAUUUAAGUGCAAUGGAAUCAGAUGAAUUAAUUUCCAGUUUGUUUGAGCUGUUUAAGCAAUAUAUUGAACUGAAGGUCAAAUCAGAUAUUGAGGAGCUGUAUGUUUGUUUUCGGAUAUUAAGAAGGUUUGCAACAGAUAUUAAGUUUCUGCAGCAAGUGUAUGACCUAAUUCUUCCCUUUCUUCAGGCUUCUAUUAGUGAGAACUAUGGGGGAAUUCUUAAUCUUCCUAUUGCCAAAGAAAAGGCCUUCAAAUUUGAAGAUCAUUUUCUAUAGAUUCGUCUAUUUCCAUAUCUUCAAUUCAGUGUAUUCACUUGCAUGAAACGUUGACAUGAUCGGAGAAGUAGGCAGAGGAGGAAGAUGCAACCGUUGACCAUGAUUUCGAUGAUUUCCCGUCCUGCCCGGCCGACAGCAAUCGUGUCAACCGAUGUCACCAACCCUUGCCAUCGAGGAAGAAACGAGGUCGACCCAAACAUCAGCUUCGAUCGGCUGCUGCCAUUAUCACGUCAAGCUAUGUCGUCUUCUAAGUUGGAUUUAGAGGAGUUCUCCAAACUUGGACGGCUCGAAGGAGGACUUCGGAAGCAGCAGUUGUGCUCGGCAUGAAGAGCUCAUCUCGGCACUCGUGUCAUCUGAUGGCUAAAUAUUUCACUGCCCGAACCACAAGAUGGCACCAUCUCGAUUGGGUCUUCGUUGCGCGUCCACCCGAGGUGAAUUCCCUCCCCACAUGGGAGAAACCAGAGUGGGCGGCGAAGAAGGCAAGACUCGCGGUGCUCGAGAUCCCCACACGACGAGGCCGGAGACAUGCGUGCACUGUCCAGGGAGAAGAGACGACAGCAGAUGCGGCGCACCAAAGCUUGUCGUCCUCCGUUCCUUUCAAAGGUGUGCACGAAUUUCGAAGCCCUCCAUCUCAUUAGCGGGUUGCCCACUAAUGUGUUAAAGAGUCGAUACAAUAUAGUUUGCUGUUCCUCUAAUCCAUUGUUUUUCCUCACACCAGAAGUAAUCUUUGGUGUCGAGGCAUCACCGAGGUUGAUGAGAACCUUCCGUGUCGUGUCAUAACAUUCAUGGACAUUGAUUGAUUCACACAGGUGACGACAAGUUAUGCCUUUGUUAUCUCAUCAAAAAUAUCCUUUUUGUCUUUUAUAGAUUAGUCAGUCGGAGGUAAAACCCCGGUGAUCUCCCAAAGAACAAUCUAUUAUCCUCGUGAUCCUUGCGUAACAAUGAGGCACUUGCAGCGGAAGUUGCCAUUCCAAAUCAAGUGUGUAACCCUACCCUUUAUUUUCCUUCUCCAUCAACGCCACCACAGAACAAAAAGAAAGACGAGGCAACAACGAGGCAUCAUUAAUGGCCAGGGCCUCGUAGGCUCGGCCCAUGGGACGCCUUCGCUGUCGUCAGAACCGUCGACGUCGCCGCUGAUGGCUGGCCCCGGCCGCGGCCGAUAAGCCUGGAGCCUUGUACCUCGCGCACCGCCGGGAGGAGAACAAGGACGAAGAACGCCAUGAGAACGAUGGCGUUGACGAAGACGAUGUGGCGGGAGCUCAUAGCGCGCGGUUUCCUGCACGGCGCAAGCCUCUACAAUUAAACCGAUGACGAAGACAGGGAGAGGGUGACCAGUGAUAUAGGAAGCAAGGAAGCAGCAGCAGGCGAACGAGG